AUGUUUAGCGUGUUUACUUUUCUCGGUUCGGUAGCGCUUUUGGGCUUGAGCCAGGCUCAUGUGCCGUCGCGUUUCUAUCUGCCACCGGCGGCAGGUGAAAGCUUUGCUCCAGCUCCAAUCAUUACCAAACAGUUUUAUAGCGUAUCCGCAGCUGAGGAUUCGGAGGAGCUGCAGCCACGCACCAAGCAUCUGCUAAUUGGACGCGGCACGCGCAACUAUCGUGUAAUCUUCAUACGCGCACCCAGCGCUCAGAGCGAGGCUGUGAAAUACACGGCCGAGCUGGCGCCGCAGGAGGAGCGCACAGUCAUCUAUGUGCUGAGUCGCAAACAGCCGGAGCUGGAGGCGCACGACGUACAGCCGCAUCAGCAGCAGUCGUCGUCAGACAAGCCGGAAGUCUUCUUCAUCAGAUACAAGACCAACGAGGAGGCGGCCGCCGCUCAGCGCGAAAUUCAAACGCAAUAUGACCAGCUGGGCGGCAAUACAGAGCACGCGGCGCCCUAUGUGGCGCCAGUGCAAUCCGUAAUUGGCGCCCUAGAUGCAGCCAAGCCAGUUGCUGCUGCUGAUGGCUACAACUAUCAGCGACCCACGGCGCGUUUUCUUUGA